AUGGACAAAAAGGGUGGAGGUGGAGGGUUCACCGCUGGGCCCUGGGGCAUCAAUGAGCUUGUAGACAAGGGCAACCUGGUAGAUAAGAGUUUUCCUGGAUUUCCAGAAGUGAAGACCUUUACGAACUGGUCUGAUCUCUCCAGCCUGGCCAGGCAGAGGACCCUUGAAGAUGAAGAAGAGCAGCAAAGAGAGCGCCGGCGAAGGCACCGGAGCCUGCUGUCCUCCACAUCGACGGAUGAAGAACUUCCUAGCCCUGUGAAAGACACCAGUCCUGCUUCCAGCAGACAUCAAUCUCUGGUGAAAUCAGUGUCUUCGGAGGAUGAGGAAGAGGGGAUGCAGCCGUGUGUCGGGCAGGAGAGCAUCCAGGCUGGAGAGCAGGGUCAGGAUGCGGCCAAGGGCAGAGGGGACCCACCAGGAGACCAGCACCCGGAGCCAGCCUCGGAGAGGAAGACAAUGGUGAGGGGACGUCUCCAGGAUAAAGAGGGACAAGGUCUGGGGAUGCCUCAGGAGGAGCAGAGGAAGGAGGUGGGGGAGCCACAGCAGCGGGCAUCGCCGGAGCUGGGGGGCUGCCGGAUCCGUGAAGUGAAGAUCCUGACCAGGCAGGGAAGCCGCAGCAUGGAGGAGAAGACAGCCUCGGUGGUGACCUCAUCUCUGGACCAGCAGCAACCAUCCAGAAAUCCCUCAAAGGAGGUAAUACAGCUGUCUCCCACCCAAGAUGAACCUGCAAAAAAGUCAGACACUUCUUCAACUCAGGUCACCUACAGCAGCUCCAUCAGACGAACCAGCCCAAGAACUGUCUCCUUUCGGAUGAUUUCAAGAAAACAGAAAGAAGAAAGCCAAAGCCCUCUCACAAGGAGCGCGAGUCUGAGGAUCCCAGGUAGCAGCACAACCAUUGGGGAGAAGCUGGAAAAGUACAACUCGGCUGUGCAGCGCUCAGAGGUGGCAAAAACAUCCCUGACUCUUCAGAAGAGCCUCUUGCUGUCCUCAGAGGGGGUGGCCAGCAAGCGCAACUUCUUCGAGGCAAGCAUUCCCAGCAAGGCUGAGCCGCUUGCUGUCAGGAAGGACAACCUGAAGGUCCCAGGAUCAGUGACAUCCCGCAUUAAUCUGUGGAUCAGCCGAGCUCAGGAGCCUGCCAAGGAGGAAAAGAGCAAGGACAUCAGGAAAGUAAACAGCCUGCCAAACCGUGAUGUCUGGGUAAAGCUGACUGGAGACACCCCUGGAGACACCAAGUUGUAA